CAAAUUCAAAUUAUUACAAAGUAAUAUAUACAAACAAAAUGUUAAAAAAUCUUUAAUAAUCUUUUUCUCAAGAUCUUUCUCAAGAAGUUAUAUGCAGUAUUGAUAUGGAGGCAUUCUCAAGUAGUAUUAGAAUUCAAACUCCCUCUCCCACCCCCUCAGUAAACUUUUCAAUUCGGAUCUGAUUUGUGCUUUUUCCUAGCUCAUGUGAGCGAUGUGGCCCCUGAGACUCUUGUUUCGUAUUAUACGUUUAACAUUUAAUUUCAGUCUUCCUAUUCAAUUAUUAUAUUUUGGAUACUUAUAUAUCUAAAAUACACAUACAGGUAUGCGUUACCAUGUGCCAAAUCAGGAAACGGAUCGUUUUACUCAUGAUAAUGCACAGUCUGGUUGGACACAGGAAACGAAUAAUCUACAUGACGGAGAAGGUCUUGAAUAUACUUCAUACGAAAGAAAAAUAAGGGAUUUGAAAAAUGAGCUACAUGCACAACAAGAAAUAAUGAAUGAUUAUGAAGCACAAAUUGAACAACUUACCAAAGAAAACAACGAUAAGUCUGAUGAAAAUUGCAGUUUACUGCAUAGAAUUCUAGAGUUGGAAUCACCUGAAAAACAAUUAAAUGAAAUAAAGAUCAAGGCAUCUGAAGAGGAGAGUUUAAGGGAGGCUGAAAUAGAGAAACUGCAAAAAGAAUUAGAUUCUAUGAAUGAAUCUCUGAACCAAGAGAGAAACAUUGGAGAAGACAGAUUAAAAGAAAUUCAGAAGUUAAAGGAGGAUAUACAUACUCAUAAGACAAGAGAAGAAAAUUAUCAGCAGAAGCUAGAGGAAGCCAAUAAAGAGAUAGAAAAGUUGAAAAGACAGAAUGAAAAACAAUGUGCAGACAAUGGAGGUAUUCUUCACAAAUAUUUAGAAGAAGAAAAGACUGCAAAAAAUUAUAAAGUUUCUUUGGAGAAAUUGGAACAAGAGAAAGGGGAAUUAGAAAGUCAGCUCCGUUUCACGAAAGAAAAACUUGCUCAGACAGAACGUGAAUUGACAGUUACCAAAGAAGAGCAUAAAGCAGAGAAAUCAAAACUAGAGGAAGCAUUUCAAGGGUUGAAAGGCCAUUUUCCAAAUCUUUUUACCAGUACUCCAGCAGAUUUUGCAGGUGCUCCGAACAAGAGUUUUCAAGGCCCUGGAUUAUUUGUACAUGGAACUGGUGUCUCUGGAUCCCGGAGAAAUUAGCUGCGGAUGUGGAAAACUAUCUAUUUGAUGUCGCCCUAUAUAAUUUAGCUAUACACAAAUUUAUUACCAGGGCAUCGUUUGAGUGUGUUCAAUGCAUGAACUCUUGAUAAAAGUUCAUUUAUAAAUAAAAAGGAC